UGUUGGUAGUGGUGGUAACAGCAGGUGAACACUGCUGAUGAUUAUUAUCUUGUGUCUCCUCUUUAACAUCCUGAUAAGAUAACAGGACUUAGUUCAUCACAGGAGUGAAGUACGGACAUUAAAGCAGCCACGUUGGAAGUGUCUCGAAUACAACAUUAUCGUCAUCCUAGGGUAAAAUGGGCUCGAUUCCUCCUGAACCAACAAAAGCAGAAAUUGACCUGCUUCGUAGUUCUGUAGUGCAGAAGAUUGAUUCUGAUGGUGUGAUUUAUGACCCCCAAGAUGUGAAGAGAAUAAAAACAGAUGACAAAUACAUCAGACGAUUUUUGAUGCAUCAUGACAAUGAUCAGAAAUUGGCUUUGGAGAUGGUGAUUGACACACUUAAGUGGAGAUUUGAAAAUCACUGCAAUGAUAUCACCAAGGAGAGUGUACCAGCAGAUUUCUUUGAGAAAGGUGCCAUGUUUGCACACAACCGUGAUAAGGAUGGGUGCAAGAUGCUGGUAUUUGCUGUACGUCACCAUCAGAAGGGUGUCCUUGACAUGGAUUUGCUCAAAAAGUUUUUUAUAUACUGGCUUGAAAGAUUAGAAAGAGAGGAAAAAGGAGAAUGGAUAACAGUGUUCUUUGACAUGUGUGAAACUGGGAUGAAGAACAUGGACAUGGAGUUUAUCCAGUAUAUGAUAAACUUGUUUAAGAAUUAUUAUCCAUGGGUCCUUAACUACAUCAUUGUGUUUGAAAUGCCUUGGCUGCUAAGUGCUAUGUGGAAGAUUAUCAAAACUUGGCUGCCUCCAAAAUCUAUAGAGAAAAUCAAAUUUGUUGAUAAGAAAUCUAUAAAAGAUUUUGUGGAUUCUGAUCAGUGUCUGGCCAUUUGGGGUGGCAGUGAUGAAUAUGAGUACCAGUUUGAGCCUGAGCUGACACCAGUGGAUGAGGUCAUCUCCAAUGGUGACGUCGACUACCGCAAAGUGCAUUUUGCAGAGGGAAGUGCCAUGCCUCCAGCUUCACCAGUGAAGGGUAAACCACUGCUGCGCAGGACUACUGCAACUAAUGGAGGUGCCAUGAUAGAAAUUGAACCAACUGAAGGAUUGAUGUUUAGUAAUUGUCGCAUUGGUGCCACAGCAAAUAUAGUACUGACCAACCCUGCCAGUACCCACGUAGCUUUUAAGAUAAAAACUACAUCACCAGAGAAGUAUCGGGUACGUCCCUCUGUGGGUGUUUUAGAGGCUGGUACACAGCUUGAAAUUGGUGUAACUGUGAGUGAGCAGCUGACUCCUGCAGCACUGGUGCGUGAUAAGUUCCUGGUGAUGGGUACUUCAGCAUCCUCCAGUGAACUCAGCUCUCAUGAAGUCUCUCAGUUAUUUAAGACUAUAUCCAAAGAUGAAAUCUUUGAGACACGUCUACGGGUUGGUGUAUCUGCAGCAGAUGCUAGCCAAACCUCAACACCCUCAGCUUCACCGGCAUCACCAGUCUCGCCAGAGCUCUUGUCGAAGAUUGAUCAGCUUCUGCACCGCCAAUCUGCCGUAGAAGAACAACUUCGUACAGCAAAGAAACUUGUCUUCUUUACACUUAUUGUGAUGAUUGUAAUCCUUAUUUUCGUAGUUACUGCAACUAACAACAUGACUUCCAGCCUCCUCAUGCAUUCUGCAGCAUGCAGAGCACCGGCACCAUACAAGUCAAACUACGCAAGAUGAAGAGGGAAAUCAUGUUGAGCUAUAGCAUCUUCCUGGUAGGUAUCCAGUAACAGAAGUUUGUGUGUAACCUUUAAUGACAUUGGAUAUUAUUUUCAAUGUGUGAUGUAAACUUUGGCAGCAACUUCACUUCUUAUAUGAUAGUUCAUGUGAACUUGGCAACUAAAUUCUAAGAUAGAAAAAUGCCUCAUUUGCUACCAUGCAUAUUGGCUAUAUCACUUAUUUGUAUGAAGCU